AUGUCAUUUGCUACAAAGCUCAUAUAUUUUGGCCUAUGCUUUAUUUGUAUAGCAUAUAACUGGACAUUUCAGAUCACUACCCUUGUCAACUUCAAAGAAUCUUAUCUUAUGAAUGGCAAACCUAAAUCUGAGAGAGCAAUCCGAGCUGCACUAAAGGUGGGUAGCGCUGUGGAAGCAGCUAUAGAACGCUUCGUUGCAGUCGGAGAAACAAUAGCAGAUGAAAAUCCAGAUAUUCAACCGGAAAUGUAUGAUGCCUGUCAUGAAGCUCGUUUAGCAGGGGCUUCUAUCGCCAAUCUAUCAUGUUGUUCAACGGACAUUCCUGAUGCACCUCUUCUUGACAAAAGCGUGCUGGUCCGAGCCAGCCGGCAACUUUUGAGUAGCGUGACAAGAGUACUUCUUCUGGCUGAUAGAGUUCUGGUGAAGCAGAUUUUACGUGCGGAAGAUAAGGUUGCUUAUUCCUUAUCACGACUUGAAGUCUGCCGAUCGUUUACCGAGUUUGUGAAGAUUUUUGCAGAAUUUGGUGGGGAAAUGGUUGAUCUGGCUCAUAGAUCAGGCGACAGGUGUGUACCAAACAGUUUUGAAUUAUGUUUCUACUUGUUUACUUGUAGCAUUAUAAUGUUUUGUUGUUUUUAACU